AGCCAAAAUGAAGGGACUGGUUUUUUUCAGUGUCUUCCUUGCUCUGCUGUUCCUUGUGGUGCCAGAGCUGCAAGUCUUCACCAAACCCAACAAUGAUGAUGUCGGCAAUCUGGCAGAGCGUGGAGUCUUGGCUGGAGACCCAGACACUGAUGUGAAUGAUGGGGAGCAGCAGGCUGGCGAUGACAUAUUUCCAUCACAAACUGAUUCAGGACCUAAUGACAGUUCAGUUCCUGGAUCGCAUAUUCCCAAAAGGGGAUCUGAUGCAACCAAGGAAAGCGCUGACCAUAAAGUAGAUACAAAAUCACACACUGACCGCUGCACACUGGUGUGUUCAAGCUGUGCUACUAUAAGGGACACCGUAGUUGGGACUGAUGCAAACCAAGAAGAGUCUAAAUCCAAGGAAGACAACUCAAAGAAUGAUACAGUAGACAAAGGGAGAAGCUUGUAAAUGAAGAUGAGUUAAACAUGCAGGAUAAACCAAGUGACUUAAUUACUGAGGAUGGGAAUAGUUUUUUUGCUGGUAAGGAAAGUGCUGGUUUAAAAGCCCAAGACCCAGACAUUAACAAUACAGGAACGACCAUGAAUGUGGACCUUAAAACCAAAAAUGUUGGAAAAUUGCUGGAAGGAUCUGCAAAUGAAACUCAUGAAGGUAAAGGUGGCAAUCUAAAAGAUCCAGCAGAAAAUGAAACCAGCAAUCCUACCGCAGACUAUGAAACCAGCAAUCCUACCGCAGACUAUGAAGACAAAACAGAAAACACAAUUCUUGAAACAAAUAGUAAUGAAGGGCAUUACCUGCAGUUUGGAGAUGAUUUUGAAGGGAAGACUGAUGUUGAAGAAGAAUCUUUGGAGAAAACUGUUGGUGAUCUUGAAGAAAUGGGAGACAAGAGUCUGGAGUUAAACAGAGGACAGGAAAUCAAAGCUAUUAAUCUGAAAGAUGAAACAAUGGAUGAUCAUGAAGAAAAUAAUGAAGUACAUGAUUCUGAAAAGGAAAUUGAGACCAGAAAGGAUGAACCCGAUGAUGGCGAUAAUGGUGAUCUUCAGCAUGAAGCUGAUAAGGAAUCCUUAACUAAGAAGCUAGAACUGCCUGGUGAGGAAUCGGAAGAGCUCACCAAUAAUAAGGAAACCAACAAUGAUCAAGAAGUAGAUGAUUUUGAAGAAAAACAGGAACAUGGUAAAGAAAUGGAAGGUAAACCGGAUACUGCUGAAAGUUCUGAACCUACACAAAUCUCUGAUAAUGAGGAGGUGGAAGAGAAUGUAACAAACAUUGGCAUUGGCUUUGAAUCUGAAGACAAUGGAGAUGAGGGAGAAGAAUUGGCAAUGUUUGAGUCAGACGAGAAGAACGAAGAACCUGUAGAAGAUGAUGAGAUGGCUGAUGAGGAGAUCAGAGAGUCCAGCUUCACUUCUGAAGAACCAUUGACUAGUUCUUCCCUAGAGUCUAGAAAUGAAGAAGAUGAUGAUAGUGUUAGGCUGUCACAAGAACAGGCUAAUGGCAAGAGUGACACUGAGUCACAGAGGGCUCAAGACAAGCAGGACAAAUCUGAACCUCUAACCUCCGAGGAACAGAAUAACAAACGUGUCCAAAGAGAUGAAGGGGAGGAUGAUGAUGUGGAAGCGGAGUCAGAUCCUCAGCUGAACCUGUCCUUCAGGGAUCGCUCCCACAUUGACAAGACACUCCGACUGAAUGAGGCCACUCCAUCUGAUGAUUACUCUAAUGUGCUGCAGCGAUUGCGGAAGCUGUACCAUAGCUCCAUUCGCCCAGUGGAACAAGCGUACAAGUACAACGAACUGCGGCAGCAUGAGAUCACAGCCUACCCAGGACGCUCCAUGAACUCAUUCGAAGAUGGAGAAAUCACAUCAAAACCAAUGGUCCUAUUCCUGGGGCCAUGGAGUGUUGGAAAAUCCACCAUGGUCAACUACAUCCUAGGACUGGAUAAUAAUAUCUACCAGCUUUACACAGGUGCUGAGCCGACUACAUCAGAGUUCACUGUCAUCAUGCAAGGAGACAAGAUUCGUACAGUGGAAGGCAUUGUCAUGGCUGCUGAUAGCGCUCGGUCAUUCUCUCCUCUGGAAAAGUUUGGGCAGAAUUUUCUGGAAAAACUUGUUGGCGUUGAAAUCCCACACAAACUUCUGGAGCGAGUAACUUUUGUCGACACCCCUGGAAUCAUAGAAAAUCGCAAACAGCAGGAAAGAGGCUAUCCCUUCAAUGAAGUCUGCCAAUGGUUUAUUGACCGAGCUGACCUCAUAUUUGUCGUCUUUGACCCUACAAAGUUGGAUGUGGGAUUGGAACUGGAGAUGCUGUUCCGGCAACUCAAAGGGCGUGAGUCUCAGAUCAGGAUCAUUCUGAAUAAGGCAGACAACGUGGCCACUCAGGAACUCAUGCGAGUUUAUGGAGCGCUCUUCUGGAGCUUGGCCCCAUUGAUCAAUGUCACUGAGCCUCCGAGAGUCUAUGUAAGCUCUUUCUGGCCUUAUGAGUACAACCCCGAGACCAAUCAAAAUCUGUUCCUGAAAGAAGAGGUCUCCCUAUUGGAAGAUCUGACCCAAGUCAUUGAGAAUAGACUUGAGAAUAAAAUCGCCUUCAUCCGUCAACAUGCCAUCAGGGUGCGUAUACACGCCCUCCUUGUGGAUCGUUAUCUGCAAACAUUUAAGGACAAAAUGACCUUCUUCAGUGAUCCAGAAUUGGUCUUCAGUGAAAUAUUGGAUGAACCUGACAAGUUCUACAUCUUUAAAUCCAUCCUGGCCAAAACCAACGUCAGCAAGUUUGAUCUUCCUAAUCCCAAGGUCUACAAGGAAUUCUUUGGCAUUAAUCCCAUCAACAAUUUCAAGCUUUUAUCAGGGCAGUGCUCAUACAUAGGUGGAUGCAUGCUGGAGAAGAUCGAGCGUGUCAUCACCCAUGAGCUCCCUGGUCUACUCAGUACCAUCUCUGCUGGCAAAAAACCAUCCCUCUCAUCCUGUGAUAUCACAGGAUGUGGAGAGACACCAAAGAACCGGUACAGAAAGCACUGAACAAAUCACUGUAUGUUAUUUAUGGGUGAAAUAGCUUAUGUCUUAUCUGUCCAAGAAGCCAUGGUUCAUUAACCCUUUGAGAACUGAACUUUCAGCACCCAUUCAGACUACUCUUUGAAGAACAAAGAACUGUAUUAAAUCUGUGUCAUAAUUGUACCAAAAAGAGCAGAAAAGACAUUUUCUAAUGAAUUGUAUUUGCUAAAUCAGGAUAUACUAAGUGGGUCGUCAUUUAAUAUCAUUUAGGAAGGUUUAUGUAGGACUCAGAGGGUUAAUUUAUUUGCAACAUGGCAAUUUAUUAGUAUUUCAUGGUGCAUGUUUAGAGUCAAAACCUAGUGCUCGUGCCCUAUUUAGUGCACAGAGCCUCCACUCCCUGCUGGUGCUAACAUUUGUUCUUGUGUUGUUGGUGUUUUAUUUUCUUUCUCUCCUCAUACACCUCUUCGAGAAUGAAAGUUUCCAUUAGUUAUUCCUGGUCACCAUGAUCUGCUUCCUGAAGGGUGUAAAACCCCUUCAGUUUUCACCCUUCACUUCAUUAAAGGGAAUAGCCUCCCUUUCUCCCAAUCCCAUCUCUUCAGACUAUCAUCAAACCGAUUGAACAGUGCAUAAGAAUUUGCGAGGCGAAAGAAGACCAAGGUCCAUCCAGUUCGCCCUGCACCACCCCGGCCGUCACCUGACAUGUGUCUCAAACUAUAUACUGUAUCCCUGUGUAUUGCAUGCCUACCCUAAACUACCAAAUUUUCACAUCAUACCUCAUUUAGCACUUAUUGUUGCCUUUGGCUGAAUCUGGUGAGGUUCUUGCUGAAGUUGUUUUGAUACAACUUUAAAAAGUUGCAAGUAAAUUUUUAAUGCUAAAGUAAGCACAUAGCUUAUGUUCAAUGGCAUUCAACACGUCUUCAUGUACCAUUCCCUCAAUGUGUGCCCGAAUCCAAAGAUAUAUAUGUAUAUAUUUCAUUUUAAAUAUCCCAAUUGAUUCUUCUUCUGUAGCUUUCUGGGAUAGUGAAACCACAUUCUAAAAUCCAUUGUGUACAAAAAAGGCUACUCUACUCAUUUAUAAUUAGUUGAUCUCUAAAGUUAAGAUUAUACUCCUUGUUUUGGGAUCCCUCCACUAUCAUCCCACUAUUUAGCUUGGCAAUUUCCCUCAUUAUUUUAAACACUUCAAUCAGAUCACCUUUCAAUCUAUUUAACUAAUAACCCAAGUCUAUCCAGUCUUUCAAUGUAGCUAAACCCCAGGUAUUGGUUUGUGAAUUAUAGCUGAUUUGCUUCUGAAGUCAGUAUAUCCUUCCUAAAUUUGGGUGCCCAAAACUGCUAAAGAUUUAUACAAAGAUUGAGGCCCAGCCAUACAGUCUCACAUCAGUGUGGUAUUAGUCUGGACAUUAUCAUAUACUAAUAUUGAUCUCCACGAGUCCUGUCUGUAACUCCCAAUAGUUGUCUCCAUGGUGGCCAAAAGCAGUAGAGAAUUAGAUCCCAUAGGUUCACAUGAAACAAUAUGGAUAUAUCCUGAACAGAUUAUAUCUACUUGAUAUCGAGGUUUGCUGGAAUUAGAUAUUUCAAUUUUUGACAGAUGAUAUCAAUGUUUAUUUUCAAUUUUUGCAGUUUUUUUUGAUAGCAAUCUAUUUGACCACA